UCCUCGGUUCUGCAAAGAAAGUGAAUGUCAACUUCCAGGACACAGAUGGGUUUUCUCCACUGCACCAUGCGGCCCUUAACGGCAACCUGGAGCUCAUCUCUCUGCUGCUGGAGUCGCAGGCUGCUGUCGACAUCAGAGACCAGAAAGGUAUGCGGCCGCUGCAUUACGCCGCCUGGCAGGGGAAGGCGGAGCCGAUGAAGAUGCUGCUGAAAUCAGGUUCGUCCGUCAACGGCCAAUCAGAUGAGGGACAAAUUCCUCUCCACCUGUCGGCGCAGCACGGACACUACGACGUGUCUGAGAUGCUUCUGCAGCACCAGUCCAACCCGUGCAUUGUGGACAACGCGGGGAAAACACCUCUGGACCUGGCCUGCGAGUUUGGCAGAGUUGGGGUGGUCCAGUUGUUGCUGUCCAGUAACAUGUGCGCCGCUUUGCUGGAGCCCAAAAAAGGAGACACCACCGACCCGAACGGGACAUCUCCGCUUCACCUGGCUGCCAAGAACGGACACAUAGACAUCAUCAGGCUGCUGAUCCAGGCCGGCAUCGACAUCAACAGACAGACCAAAGCGGGCACUGCCCUGCACGAAGCUGCCCUCUGUGGGAAGACCGAGGCAGUGAGACUCCUGCUGGAGAGUGGAAUCAAUGCAACAGUGAGAAACACGUACAGUCAGACAGCGCUGGACAUCGUCUACCAGUUCACUGCAACGCAAGCCAGCAGAGAGAUCAAACAGCUGCUGAGGGGUGUUUUGGAGCAACACCCUGACGGACGCUGGAAGGGCUGUAUCCACGACAACCGAACAGGAAACGACCGGGUGGGCUACUUUCCGUCCACCAUGGUAGAAGUCAUCAGCAAGCGCACAGGUUUGGCCAGCACAGUCAUUUGCACUCAACAGUUUCAAAAGAUACCGCUGGCUCCCCCGGCGACGGUUGCCCCUGCCAACGCGGUAGUCAACGGCAACGACACCACGUUCCAUCAGAUCCAUAUCCUGCCUCCACCGCCUCCUCCUCCACCACAUUCCCAUCAGCCACUGCUUCCACUUUUCACUUCCUUUGGCUAUAACAGGUCGCCCGUGACAACCCCACAGGGAGACACACCCACUGCCCCAGGUUGCCGCGGCUCAGAGGCAAGUCCUCACAGUUCUCCCACCCCAUCCAGCGGGCCCCAUGGAGGCUCCAACGAAGAGAUCUGGGUACUGCGCAAACCCGUGGCAGGUGGAGACCGCAGCAGCGUGGGUAGUUCGGGCAGCGUGACCAGCGUGAGGUCGUCGGGCAGCGGUCAGAGUGCCGGCAGUGCUGCACACAUCCUUCAUGCACAGGCUGAAGGAGUGAAGCUUCUAGCCACAGUCUUGUCCCAGUCUGCCAAAGCCAAGGAGCAUCUACUGGAGCAGUCCAAGUCUGUGGACCAGCCUCCAGGCUCCGUCAGCUCCUCUCGGACAUCGAGCCAAUCGGGCUGUCCACUCCACGAAGCGCCGCCUUACGACGCCACGGCAACCAGGAAGGNUACUGAAUUUUUAAAAAAUCACAUCUGCAUACUGCACAUUUUCAGCGGCUGUCCUGUUAAGAAACUGCAAAGCUCAGAGGCCGUUGUCCAAUGGCUGAGCGACUUUCAGCUGCAGGUCUACGCUCCAAACUUCCUGGGCGCUGGGUAUGACUUGCCCACCAUUAGCAGAAUGACCCCGGAGGACCUGACAGCUAUAGGAAUAACUAAACCGGGUCACAGAAAGAAGAUGACGUCAGAGAUUAACAAGCUGAGUGUCACCGAGUGGCUGCCUGAGCAGAAACCUGCCAAUCUAGGAGAGUGGCUGUCUGCCAUCGGUCUAAGCCAGUACCACCAGGUGUUAGUGCAGAACGGUUACGAGAACAUCGAAUUCAUCACUGACAUCACCUGGGAGGACCUACAGGAAAUAGGCAUCACCAAACUCGGCCAUCAGAAGAAGCUGAUGCUGGCGGUGAAGCGUUUGGCUGAAAUGCAACGUGGUACAGAUGGGCGGAGCUCCCUCAGAAAGAAGCCUCCACCAAUCACGCAGCAGCAGGAUGUCAUGUCAAUGGACAGUCCGCCCCCAGACGAGAUAAUGUCUCCAAAGAUGACCACCUUCCAGGACAGCGAGUUGAGCACCGAGCUACAGAGUGCCAUGACCCAGCCAGGUCAGGAGGUCAAAGCCCAGCGAACACGCAGCCUCAGCAAAGACCACGAUGAGGUGAUGACAGGAGGAGGUGGUGGUGGUCCGCCUAAGAAGGAGGCGCGGACUAUGAGGCAGCAGAGCAGCCAGGGAAGCAGCUCUUCCCACAGAGGCAGCGUGUCGUCUCAAGGCAAACAUCGUCACUCCCAUUCCCACUCCCAGCCUGCGCCACCCUACACACCCCCUCACACUCCGACCAAGACCAGGACCUCAUCUUCCUCCUCCACCUCCUCGGUCCAGAGCACAGCUUCCCCGCAGGCCAAGUCCAAGCCAUCCCCACAGUUCAUCCAAGGGGAGCGACCUCAAUCACCACGCUCCCACCCGCCUCAGUCUCCGACCCACCGCGGAGCUCCAUGUCAGCUUCCGCCCCAGCAGCAGCAGCAACCUCAAGUCCACCCUCAGCACCAGGCACAUCCUCAGCACCAGGCACACCCUCAGCAACAGGCACAUCCUCAGCACCAAGGGCACCCUCAGCAACAGGCACAUCCUCAGCACCAAGGGCACCCUCAGCAACAGGCACAUCCUCAGCACCAGGGGCACCCUCAGCAACAGGCACUUCCUCAGCACCAAGGGCACCCUCAGCACCAGGCACCACCGCAGGAAAUGGAGGUUAGGGAGAAUCAACAACCACAGGUUCCACUCCUCUGUCUCCCACCAGAGGCUGAGCUGGCGGAGGAAGAAGGAGCAGAUCCCUCGGCCCUUCAGAAGAAACGCGCCCACAGCCUCAACCGAUACGCCGUUUCAGAUGGCGAGUGUGAUGAGAGGGCGGGAGGAGGAAGCAGAGGUGGUAGUGGAGAAGGAGAAGCAGUUGAAAGUCAGGGCCCCGUCGUCGUGAGAGGGGAUGGAGUUAAAUACGCCACAGUGACCCACCGCGUCAGCCGCAGCCAGUCCGUCCGCAACCAGGAAAAGAACGCCAGCCGCAGUCAGACCCAAUCUUUUGCUCUGCGUCAGAAGAAAAAAGGUCCACCUCCACCGCCCCCCAAACGCUCCAGCUCUGCCAUCUCCAGCUCCAACUCCAACCUGACAGAGGCUAACGCACAGCAGCAAACACUCACCACUACAGGGGGGAUGUUGGACGUGCCUUACCACCAACAGCGGCGGGCCAGCGACCUGGGGGUGUCCGGGGAACCACCUGCUGUGGAGACGAGCAGCAUGGGGAGUGUGAGGAGCAUCGCCGCCAUGUUGGAGAUGUCCUCUAUAGGCGGUGGAGCCAAAGGCAUGGCACUGCAGAAGAACUUCCUGCAGGUGGGGAAAACGCGUGAUGCCAUUGGUCUGGAUGGCGAGGUGGUGAACCGACGGCGGACCAUCAGUGGCCCCGUCAGCGAGCUGGUGGCAGCUGCCAGGCGUGACCAGCCGACUCUCUCGGCUUUCCCUGCUCCCGCCGCCCAGCCUGAGACCUCGCCUCCCCCUGUAAAUUCCUCCCCGCCGCACCCUCCGUCCUCACCCCACCCCAGCUCGGGAGGCAGCGGCAGCUCAUCGGAGAACCUGCCAUUUGCAGAAGAUGGAAACCUGACCAUCCGCCGCCAGGGCCGAGGAGAAGGAGAAGGACAGGGUGACGGCGAGGGGCCCCAGGGAGACGGCGGUUACACCCAGGAGGACAUCUCCAGGGUCGAAGCUACAGCUACCUUAAAGCGACGGCCCCGCAGUUCCAAGCAGCACCCCAACGGCUCCGACUUCACCCUCCAGGAGUCGUCCACCGUCAAGCGACGGCCCAAGAGCCGGGACAAGGAGCCAGAGGGCUACGCAGACCUGGCUGCAGCUAACGGGGAACCCGUGGGCACCGGGCAGCCGAACACCACGCAGCCAGUACCCUACCAGAACGGCACGUCCACCGUGAAACGCCGCCCAGUGUCUGAAGCUGGAGUGACAGAGCAACCGCAACCUCAACCGCAACAUCAACCUCAACCGCAAGUGACUGCCGCUCCUCGCAGGGACAGCAUGGACCAAGGAGCUCCAGUGGCAAACGAAGGAGGUCCGGUGAGGAAACCAAAGCCUCCAGUGUCCCCGAAGCCUGUCGUGGCCCAGAUAAAGAGACAGGGAGGUCCUCAACCGCCCCCGCAGCCCAUCACCAACAAAAGAGUCCCCCUGCCGGGCCCUGGGACACCAGGAAGUCCAGUGGAAGGAAAGAAGAUCCCUCCACCAGUGUCGCCCAAACCAGCGCCCCCGCCCACGGCGCCCAAACCGGCCAAGCUCAUCCACUCCAUGACCAGCCCGCCGUCCCCGACCCCGGCCACCGCCCCGCCCAAGCAGCACCCCGCGGUACCCCGACAGACCAGCUCGCCGCCUUCCUUCCCGCCGUCCAACACUCCCAGCCCGCCCAACGCCAAGCCGACCAGCCCGUCCCCCCAGAGCCCCCACACCCCGCAGACCCCCACCACGCCGCAGACGCCCCAGACGCCCGCCACGCCCAGCCCGACCCCACCGCCCGUCAAGCCCCCGCGCUCUUCCAUCGGGGGCGUGUCGGUGGACAGUGGGAUGGCGGGGGGUGGAAACACGGCGCCGCCCACCACCACGCCAGACUUUGGGGUGGAUUCUUUGGUGCAUCAGAAGCUGGAGGAGACGAGCGCUUCGCUGGCGGCCGCUCUGCAGGCCGUGGAGGACAAAAUACUGCGGCAGGAAGACUCCGUGGCCGAGCAGAAGACCACGGUCAGCAUCCUCGACGACAUCGGCAGCAUGUUCGAUGACCUGGCCGACCAGCUGGACGCCAUGUUGGAGUAACCACGGAAACCAGUCGGCGCGUCUCCACAGCAACGCUGCAUCAGGAGUGACUCAGACGGCACAACGGGCGACACGCCUCUCUAUCUCUCUCUAUCUCUCUCUAUCUCUCGCUCCUUUCUCCUCCUCUUUCUCUCUCCGCCUCGCUCAUAUCUCCCCCCCGUCUCAUCGCUCGUCCCCGUCGUCCAUCCGUUCGUCCAUCUGUCCAUCGCUGCUCUGGAAAAAAAAAACAAAACUAUCCUUCUCCUCUUCCUCUCAUCUCCUGUCAGGGGGGGGAAAAUGAUGAUGGGCUGCAGGCCUGGAUGGACCUGUGGCAAAGAGAGAGAGAGAGUUAGAGGGAAGAAUGGAUGACUAAAAAGAGAGAGGAGGUGGGAAUAAAAAGGACCAAAAACGACUGAUGAGAGAAAAAAAAGAAGAAGAAGAAGAAAUGCAACAAAAUGGAGGAGACUGCAAUCAAAACGUGAGUCUUUUAAGAACUCCGCGCGAACAAACAAACUAAACUAAUACCGAUUGAAAAAACCAACUGUGUAACGAAUCAUAGUAUGGUAUGUGUACAUUCUAAGCAUGGAGAGUUUAUAUCUACUGAAAAAGUCCUGCAUUAGCACAGUAAUAUAUAUAAUAUACCGAUAAAUAUGAAUCUCUAGCUCUUUGGUUUGAUGUCUUGGUUCUGUGUGGAAUGGUGACCUCUGGUGUUGUGACGAUGUAAAUGACUUGGUGGAAAAAUUUUUAUCUGUGACCAAAACGAGACUAAUUCAGCUCCUGAGGUGUGCUUGUGUGUUGGUGUGUGUGUGUGUGUGUGUGUGUGUGAUAGGGACAGUGUGACAGGUGUGUGUGCGCGCUAUGUGUGGAGUUUCAGGAUCGAGUUUAGUUUCCUAUCCCGGCUGCAUCUCUUAUCCCCAUCCUCAUCGUCACCCCGCACACAUGCACACACAGGAGAAGCACAAUGACCCAUGCAACUGGCUUGCACAGACACACACACACACACAUACACACAUGGGAGCCUGCACAAUAUAAACUAAAUGUGAGAGAGGAGGGAAGGAGUUCGGUGAGGCUACAGCAGGUUGUCUUGAGGAUGAAGUAGGUGAAGUUUAGGGGAUGCUCUGGAGGAGGAUUCGUGGGUUAAAGGGGUUUUAAGGGAGGUCAGGUAGAGGUUAGAGGUGGACGUCUCGGGGGUUUGAAGGUCAGAUUGAGCUCCCAAAUCUCCUGCACAAGCAAAUGGAGUAAGCUAGAUCAAAACAACAGUGCUGACCGAUUUGCAAAAACGUUUUUGUUUUUUAACAUGUUUCUCUCCCGAUGCUGAUUCUGUUUUCUUUGUGUUUAGGCUGAUACAGAACCCCGAUCCGACACCACUGCGUUCUAUUGCAGCACCAGUAUAAGCUAUUGUUACAUUAAGCUAAGUGAGUCCCUACGCGUUAUUGUCUUCAAACACUGAAUUUUGACAUUGAUCAACAGGAAAACAGGAAAAAUUAAUUAUAUUCCCACAGUUUAGUUGAUUAAUUUCGGCGGCUGUGCAACUAGACUUCAAUCAGCUGUGUUUGUGUUCAACCCUUACCAGGGAUUUUUCUGACACAAAUGAAUACCGGAGCUGUAGUGAACCAAACUAAAUAUUGGUCGACUUCCUACCAGUCGAUUGGAGGGAAAAGAAAUCUGCACGUUAUCUGUAGAUGGCAUAAACUGGUCAACAAUCAGUUUGAAAUGACGCGAGUAUUUGGAGCAUAUUACAUCAGCUGACAUCGAGGAAACAUUCAGUCACAGUAAAUCCUGAAAGACCAUUGAUUUGGUGCUUUUCUCUGCAGAAGUAACACUGCCUAGUCAGUUAGAACUUAGCUGGAUGGCAGCAUAUCGACCGUCCAGUCGCCCUACAGAAUACAGGUUUUGGCCACUUCAGGGUGUGACCGUUGUUUUGCUGCGUUGCUUUGGCUACGCACUCAAGGUCAAAAACAAAACCUCCCACAUGGCAGAGUUCUUGCAGCAUAUCUCCAGAUUUUACCGCAUUCAGUCUACUCUGCAUGAUGCCGCCGCCGCCGUGCUUCACACCAGGAAUGCUUUGUUUUAGGUGAUGGUGCUUAAACAACCAAAAUCUGACCAUAGAAGCCUUUUCCAGCUGACUUCAGUCUUCUAUACGUCUUGUGGUUUGCUUUCUCUUUGUUUUUCUCACAUAAAGCAGCCUGUCCUUUUGAUCUGAUCCUGUAAAAUCACAGCAAAUCUACAGUUGUGCAGUACAUUUCUGAAGCGGACUCUAAAAGACCUUUCAGAUACAACAACCCCUUGACGACACAAAGCUGUUGCACAAGGAAUGAUUCACAUACGUCCUGCUAAAGGCUCUUUUUCUGUUGAUCAAACCUACAUUCAAACUGCUUUGAUUCAGUGUGUUGAAGAGAAAAAACCCAACAAGGGCUGGUGCUUGUGUACCACACUGCACGGAGCUCAGCGGGAUCUUUUUUUUGUGUGUGUGAGGUAAGAAAAGGUCAGACGUUGCUAUUGUGCUAACGCUGAGUCAGCAGCCGGCCUUGUGUCGGUGAAUGUAACCGAUGUCAGAGGCGCCGAAUUCUUUGAUAAUAGCGAUGAAACAUUUGCGUUGAACGCAGACGGGUCACCUCCAGACGACGGCAGAUCGAGUUAAUAAGGUCAGCGUCAGCCCCGAACGUUGCGUCCCUGCUCUGGAGGCCUUUCGUUAUUGAGAUUAAAACUAAAGGAAAUUCCGAAACACUCCCUGACAGUCCAGCACACAACCCCUCUAUCGCUCUCUCUCGUCCCACACUCUCCCAGCCGCCCACCCCGUGUUGCCAUGACAAUCUACAUCAUCACCAUUCUCAUCGGCGUCGCCAUGGUUACCACUCAGCGUGUUGUCACGACACCAUGUACAUGGGAUGAAAAAAAAAAGAAAAGAAAAAAAAGCAGAAUAAGUGUUAGGACGGAGCGAGCAGUGGCGGCGGGAGACCUGUGAAGCCCGAUGGUUUGAUAAGAAAUCGAAUAUUUCAUUGGCGCCUCGGCCCAUUAAGACUUCCACAGCCGUCCCACAGCAGCCACUCCUUUACGAAUAAGAUUUCAGAGAAUAGUUGUGGUAUUUAAAUUAUGAUCACAUAGAGAUUAUAUAUAUGGAUAUUUGCAAAAAAAAAACAAAAAAAAAAGAAGUAAUAAGAAGUGUAUUUAUGAUGUGUGUGUCAUCCUGAAGACUAUUUUUCAAAGUGAACAGAUCUAAUCUGAGUGUUGAAUCAGUUUGCUUCUCCAUGCUUACGUGGUCCGAGCUGAUGAAUCAUUGUAGGAUACCAUGUUGGGAUAUUUCCAGGAAGUGUUCUUUUUAUUAUUAUUAUUAUUAUUAUUAUGAUUAUUUUCUAUUGUUUUCUCUGCCUACAUGUGUACAGGUGUCCAGGUGUGGCGAUGUGUAUAAUACCAACAAUUCCUGUUUGUUCGGUUUUAUUUUUUUGGUAUCGUUUUAAAUGUCUUUCCUUUGAAACAUGUGCCUUGCUUUGUGAUUUUGGUCUGACUACAAUACAGUAGAUGGGUAUGUGCUAUAUAAGGGGAUCUCUCUCUUUUUCCAUUUUGCUAUCUUGAUUUAUCAGGAUGAAAAUGAUGCUGCCGUCCCCACGAGAUGUGACGUUAAAAUCAGAGUGUGAUCCAACAAUUGGCAUCAAACUUCUCCUGACAAAACGGCUGCUUCACGUAACGCGUUCACAUGCUUCCGUAAACUUUGGGUGUCCGACGUCAGCUGCUGAGCUAAAUUUGGAAUAUUUAAGGAGUAAUUUGGGGAAAUGUGCUUCUUCAGCUUCCUUGCCACGACUUAGAUAACUAGAUCGAUACCACUCUCACGGUUAUACUCUAAAGAGAGGCCGCUUUUUGUGCGUUCUGACCCAAAGACCUGCCCCUUUAAGACCUCUUCCAGGGGCAAAAACAGCACCUAUUGUCUUCUGAGUGGCCCCGAAAAACUGCUUUGUGGGUCUCGACACUGAUUGCGCAAAAUCAGAGAAGAUAUCUUGCAGCUUUUCCUUUUUGUAAUUACAACGUCCUUCAGCAUUGCCAGUUGAAUUGAAGUACAGUUGUGACUCGAUAAUCCGACCCAUAACAAUCUGAAAACCUUGCUAUCAGACA